AGUGAUUGGACUGGGAACCUCCAGAACUGAAAACCAUGAGCUGCUACAAUUUGAGCUAAAGCACCCUAACUGAGAGCACUAACAAUGCAUAUCCUCUGGGGACCGGUCUAGGCUGGAAGAUUCAAUAAGGACUGGAGAACAGUGAAUAGGUGACAUCGCAAGUGCCAAGGGAGUGACAGUUGAACAGGGAAGGGAUUUUUGGUGACCAUGAAUGAUAUCACUCUCCUGAGGCUGCCCCGUGCCAGCUACCUGGAGGAGUUGCCGAGACUACCCCACACCAGCUACCUGGAGGAGUUGCUGAGCCUGCCCUGUGCCAACUACGAGAAGGAGUUGCUGAGUCUACCCCAUGCCAGCUAUCCUGAGGAACCCAUGGUGCUGGACCCCCCCUGAGGACAGCACCCUGACCCAGAUAAAGCAGUUAUGCCUGUUCAGGUCAUUGAUGGCAUACCCGAAAAUCUACUACCAAGCCACCUGCAGAAAGUGGAUUUAAAAUACCUGCAAAUGGGUUGUGAUCAGGCCAACAAAUACUUUCAGGGAACAGUUAUUCUCUCCUACCCUUUAACUAAACUUGUAAAUGGAACAGAAUUUUUCAAGAUUGUACUUCAAGAGUCAGAGAAUUCAUGUUCAAAGACCAGCACCAUCAAUGUUUUAUUCUUUGGAAGGUUGGCAGACGAUUGUGGAAAAGUUGUACAUCAAGGGGACACCAUGGUUGUAGCUGGAUUUAACGUGGCUAAGUCACCUUCUGCAAAUGAAGAUGACCGACAUUGCUGUCACCUGGAAGUAUCUGAAGAUGCAGGAUCAGCAGUUUAUAUUUAUACUAAGCCAAGUACAGUCACUGCUUCAGAAACAGCAUCCAUGCCUGUUGCACCAAAAUACACAUAUACUCCUCUGAAUCAUCUUAAAGGUGGAACUAUAGUCAACUUGUAUGGUGCUGUGAAAUUCUUCAAGCCCCCAUAUAUAAGCAAAGGAACAGAUUACUGUUCAGUUGUAACAAUUGUGGACCAAUCAAAUGUGAAAUUAACAUGCACACUUUUUAAUGGAAAUCUAGAUGCCCUUCCAAAAAUCUACAAAACUGGAGAUAUUGUUCGAUUUCAUAGAAUAAAGAUCAGGGAAUACAAUAAACAGAUGCAGGGGAUUACUGGCAUUGGCUUUGCAUCCUUGACAUUUGAUGGAACCAUAGGAGCACCGAUAGUGCCUCGAACCUCUAGUAAAUCGUACUCUUUCACAGAAGAAGAACAGAAAACAAUAGAAGAACUACGUACGUGGGCAGCUAGUAAUCUUUCAGUCUGUGGGCCAACAGCAAAAUUGUCUGGUGUCCAGCCAAUGCUGUUUUUUGACCUUACUUGCCAACUUGUUGGGAAAGCAGAAGUGGAUGGAUCUUCCUUUCUUCUCAAGGUAUGGGAUGGUACAAAAUGUCCCUACCCAUCUUGGAAGGUGCUUGUGGAAGAAAGUGACCUUGAAGGAGAUAAAGUUCUCAUCCGUCAGCUGAGAAAUCUGAUUGUAGACAUUCUAGUUUAUGAUAACCAUGUGAAACUGGCAAAAUCACUGAAGGUUGGAAGCUUUCUGAGAAUUUACAGUCUGCAUACAAAACAAGCCAGUGCUGAGAACCAGCCUGAUGUUUCCUAUGUAGAAUUUCAUCUUCAUGGUGGCACCUGUUAUGGUCGAGGAAUUAGGGUCUUGCCAGAAAAUAAUCCAGAUGUCAAAGAACUAAAAGCAUUCAUGGAUUCUGUGAAUCUCACAGAGUCUCAAACUGUGGAGAGCAUGUCUUCAAUGGAAUUGGAUGGCAUUUUUGGCAAUCUAUCAUACCAGUCAUAUUCACAGAGAUGCCAGCAGUUAUCUGUCACAGUAUUGACAGAUCAUCAGCAUUUGGAUGACACAGCACUGAAUACUAUCUUGAACAGCUCAGUUCCUCAACAAUAUCGCAUUAGAGCAAAACUCAGAACUUUUAAACCCGAGAAGCUCUAUCAGUCCGUUAAACUUUAUUGUUCAAAAUGCAACUCACUGCAAGAAGUUCCAGAUGGCGAUGAUUUCGACUUAAUAUUAAGAGACUGUGCAGCUGCAGCUCCAAAUCCAGAAGUACAUAAUUCAUUGUGGUAUGAUUCUGCAGUGUGGGAUACAGAAAAUCAGGGGCAAAGAAAAAUAGCUGUUCAUUUUGUGAAACACGAUGAGCUACUUCAAGAGCCAGAAGAUACUUUGAUUAUGGUACAAGGGGGGACACUAAAAGAAAUCAGAAAACUUUCAAGAAGAUUUAAAUGUAUUAUACCUGUGAGAUCAACGAAAGAAGAUCUUGAGUUACUAGACCUUUCAGCUCCCUUCCUUUUGCAAGGGAAAAUAUGGCAUUAUGGGUGCAAACAGUGUUCGAAUCAGAAGACUAUCCAGCAUCUCAGUUCCCUUGCAGAAGAAGAACCAUCGUGGGAGCCAACUGAAAUAGCACGAGUUUUAGGUAUUGAGCCACUCCAGUAUGUUUUUGUUAUGAAGUUUACACUUGAUGAUGGCACAGGAGCACUGGAUGCAUACCUCUUUGACUAUGAAAAGUUUUUCCAGAUUCCUGCCUCCGAAGUCCUUACCAGUAGUCUUCUUCAGGAAAAGAUGGAAAUGAUCAUGAAUAUACUUUGUCCUCCAGGAACAAAACUAGAUGACUUGCCAUGGUUGGAAUGCUUCAUCAGGUCUUAUAAUGUCAAAGAUGGAAUGGAACAGCAAGUUUGCUAUCAAAUUUUUGACACUAUGGUUGCUGAAGACGUUAUCUAGUGAUAUGUAUUGCAAUUUACGAGACAUGCAAUUUAUCAACAUUAUCAAUUACAAAAAAGUUUUGUAGCUAUAAACACCAUACAAGGUUUUGUAUAACAUUUAGUAUGUCACGUUCUGUGUUAAGAAAUAUUAAUCAGGAAAACAAAUGCCUUUUUCUGCAUCUCACUUGUGUAUGAAGGUUUUAGCUCUUCUGUUCCUGAACUAAAAUGAAUUGGACAUAUGCUAAGAGGUAUUUAUUACUUGCUCUGGGCCCAACCCAGUGAGUCAAGUGGUAGUUGAGGUGCUCAGCACUUCAUGGGAUUGGUCACUUCGUGGUUGAGACUGUUAAAAGUGGUUUAAUAGCCAAACAUUCCAAGCUAUUACACAAUUGAAAAUUAUCAUUAAUGUUACUAAAUUCUGUUAUGAACUACAGAGUCAAAUUUAAAGGGACAUUGUAAAAUGUAAACAUGUUUUGUAAUGUAUGAAGAACAGUCAACAUGAUUAUGCUUUGUUCCUUUAUCGAUUUUAAUACAAAAGAGUAAGUGAUUUGAGAACAGCUGUGAAAACAGGGCUCUUCAUUAACUUGUAUUCCCUCACUUUAUUCUGUACAAAUCUAUUUUAGGGUUCUAAAAAAACAUGUUUUUUUUCCUUACUUUAAUUUCUCUUUGAUAUGUAGUGAGCUCUUCCUGCAGUCCUUAUGUGUGCAAGUAGUGUUAUUGACCUCAGUGGAGCUAUUUGCAUGAAUUAGAAUUACUCAUCUGCUUAAGAAUCAUAAAGUCAAGCCAUAAAAGCAGGGAUAUUUAAAAUAUUAAAAUGAAUACUAAUAUUUAUUAGAUUAUAAGGAUGGUAAAGUCAGACAUAUUUGGGGCCAUAUCGGACAUUGCUGCUCCUUUAAAUUGUGUGUGUAUUUGCAGAGGUUCUUGCCCAUAGUUUGGCUAAAUUUAGUGUCCGGUUAUACUGUCUUGAUUGCUUUUCUCUUUUGUAUAAUUAGAUUGGAUGGCUAAAUUUAGAGAUAGCAUUUUCAGGCCAACAAGUGACUAGUUGGCUACCACAGUGGAAAGAAAUUGCCUACUUUUACCUUGCAUUCUAAAGUAUUUGCCCCAAAUUCAGAAUCAUUUUCUAGAGAAUAAUUGUAAUGUAAAAAUUCUUGUUAGGGGAAUAUGCUUCUUGUCAUCAAGGAAAAAAAAUAACAUAACACUUGCGCAGAGGAUUUUUUUAAAGGGAGCAUGGAGAUAUUUAAAAUAGUGCUCAUAAUUGACUGGUACUUUGAUACUAAAUACAAAUGAUUUUACAGUGUUCUAAGAGAUGAUUAGUAGAAUAAGCUCUUAUAUCCACCUACAGUUUCAUCCAAAUGUCAAUAGAUUUUUGUGGGGUACUUUAAAAAUCACUCUGCGCCAUAGAAACAAUGAGCCAUGACCCUAGAAGUUUAUCAAUUAUCAUGUGGGUAGAAGGUGCGUUAACAUUUCAAGCCAAUGAUUCACUUUCAAGGAGAGGAGAAACUGUCAGCCUGAUUGAAUAGGACCAUCAGCUUGUCAAGCAAGGAACAACACUGGCAUUAGUUCUGAAAGCAGCUGCUUACUUACCCCUGGCCCGAUGAGAGAUACUGAUAAGUGAAUUAUUUUUAAGACUUGAACACCUAUGUGGGUGUCCAAAUAAUUUCAGUGGAAUUUAACUCCUGAAGCACUCAUCCAUAAGAAAUAUAUAAGGGUUUGUUUGCUAUUUAAUGGGUAGUUUAAUCACAAAAACUAUAGAGCCUGUAUUUCUGGUUGUGUUACAUGACAUCACAAACCAUAUUUUGCACUGCCAAUCAUUAGUAGAAAGUAUAUGUUAAAUUGUAAAUGUUUUUAAUGUAAAUAAAAAGUCAUGUUCCUGUACAUCAUUGCAGGUAUUAAUAAAAUCUAUUUUAAAGAAAACCUUUUGAAAAGUAAUAGAUCAGAAUAUAUAAGGCUCACACUUCAGUGUAAAUUUGUUUUCACCAUCUCUAAUGUUUGAGAUUCUUGGCAGAACAUUUUCAAGUCAUUUUAUGAUUGUACAUAUGGCACAUGAAGUUGUCUGGCUAUUGAAUAUUGUAAGUAUUUAGCUAAUUUAAAAUAAUGAGCUCUUUGCUCACACUUAACUUUUGGCUAUCUAUUCACAAAACCUCUCUGCUGUCAAUGGCCUUCAUCCAGCAGAGCACAUUCUUAGGGUACAUCUACACUACCUGCCGGAUCCGUGGGUAGUGAUCGAUCUAUCAGGGAUAGAUUUAUCGCAUCUAGAGUAGACACGACAAAAUCGAUCCCCGAUCGCUCUGCCAUCGACUCCGGAACUCCACCGUGGUGAGAGGCGGAAGCAGAGUUGAUGGGGGAGCAGCAGUGGUCGACUCGCCGCCAUCCUCACCGCCAAGUGAAUCGACCUAAGAUACACCGACUUCAGUUACGCCAUUUGUGUAGCUGAAGUUGCGUAUCUUAGGUCGACCCCACCCCCCGUGUAGACCUAGCCUUACAUAAGUUUGUUGAAUUGGAACUAAAAUAGCUAAAUGUCUUACCAGAUGUAUUUUCUUUGAGAUUUUCAGUGCUCGUGGAAGAUGUUGAAUUUCUCAGAACUGAAGACCAUGGUUCACAAAACUUGUCUCAGUGUUGACCUGAAGGAUCCUUCUGUGGGAGUGAUUGAGCUGUGUUUCAUCUCCAUGACUGUUUUAUUUCUUAAUGGUUAUGUGGAGACUGCCAACUUAGAAGCCAGUUGGGAUAGUAGCUUCUGUGAUGCAGGCAGUUUCCACUCUGAUCUGAAUUGAGAGCACAAACUGACUCCAACUUACUGUAGGUCACACCUGUUACAAUAAUUACUUUCAGUCACUACUGACCUGGACCAGAUAUCAUCAUCUGCAUAGAAGCAAGAAAUUUCAUCUCCCAUUUUCAGUCCCUUGGUCACUUUUCUCUAGUUUCUGAAACACAUUUUAAAAAUAAAUCAAAACUGCCUUUCUGAAUUGAGUGAAUGAGAUUGCUGAGAUCCAUCGGUGUUAUAAUAGCUAUCCAUAGAAUUAAUUUAUUACAGACGUUUAAAAAUUUUAAGUUUACAUUUGAUAUAAUUAAUGUUGGAAAAAUGAGAAUACUUUUAAUGGUGAAUCUGAUGAUUUCUCAUGAAAAAUUCAUUUAACAUCCCCCACUUUCUCUCCACUCCUUCUGCCCCCCAUCCCCAAUAAUAUUCAGUGCUUCACCAUUUUAAAAUGAAUUGCUUGCUUAUAAGGGAUCAUCAGUUCUCUGAUGCUCUCUUAAUGCUCAGAUCAAAAUAAAACAGCUAAUUUGAGACCACUCUUCCAUCAUAAAUUCAGGAUGUUUUCCAUAUGUUUACUUCUCACUGUCUGUGAAGCAUAUUUUGGAAUCUGCUUUAAAUGUUCAUGGAUUCAUUUUUGUUGUUACCUCUUCCACAUAGGUUGCCAUUUCUACUUUGGCUAAAAUUUGGCAAGAAUAACAUUUAUUGUGCCAACCAGUUUAUAAAACACAUGUUUUGAGGCCAUAAAGAGCUUCGUCUUCAAGCGUUAGCAAGUUUCCUGUUUAGCCAGUGUGGCGACCUGAUCAGCACAGGUGACCAUGCAGAGCUCAUCAACACAGGUGACCAUGAAGUCCCAGAAUCACAAAAGAACUCCUGCAUGGACCAAACAGGAGGUACUGGAUCUGAUCGCUGUAUGG